AUGCUUAACUUUAAUGCUAAUAAUGGUGACGAUUCAUAUUCAUCAUUGUCAGACGCUCUUGGAGAAUCUGCUACAGAUGAAACAUCGAAUAAUUUACAACAAAUGGAAGAUCAAGAAAUUAAUCGAGUUAUUAUUUAUCAUGAAGCAACAAUAUCACUAGGAGAUUGGUUAAUAUUAAUGUGUUUUUGUUUAUUUUUUUAUCAAUAUUAUGAUUUAUUAUUAUUCAUAUUUAUUAUUCAUGAAAUAAUAAAUAAUAGAAACAGAUAUACUGUGCACAUGCAUCAAUCUGAAUUAAGAUCUUUCAAUUUACCAAUUCAUGGUUAUUAUCGUACAGAUCGAGAUGCGCAAGCAGAAGGCCGUGUAGAUUGUCCAAGUGAUGAAACUUUAACAUUUUCGAGAGCUGUAAUCGUCGUCAAUAAUGAACAAUUAUCAAUCGAAGAUACACAGCCACAUGAUGCAGGAGUUCUAAUAGGUCUAAACAAUAAUCGACCUACAUACUUUAUGAUAGAUAAUGAAAAUGGUCAUGUCAAUGAAAAUGCAACAUUAUAUACUACUAUGAAUGAUGAUACCAUUGCUCAAAAUCUACAAAUUGGUGAAAAUGCUCAAGUUCUAAAUAAUAAUGAUGCACCUGAAAUUGCUCUUGAUAAUCUAACAUGUAAUAUAAAUCCUCUGAACUCAAUUGAAUCGCAAGAUGAUAUGCAGUCCAGUGACAGUAGUGAUGAAGAAGAUCGAAUUCUUGGUUCAGAAAGUGGUUUUGAUAGUGAUGAUGAAUAUGAUUCAAGCGACGAUAAUGAAGAAAGAAAUCAAAUAUUAGAAAAUAAUGAAAAUCUCGAUAACCGUGUUGAAAAUGAUAAUCGGUUAGAUCAUACAAAUCCUGAUAAUGAACAACGAUCUAGAACGGAUACACUUCUAUCACACAAUGAACCAAUGGAAAUGCAGGAAAAUGUUUCUGCUCCACUUGAAGGUGCUCGUCAAACAAUAGAAGAUACUACUUAUAGAGUACCUAUACUCAACCAGAAACAAACAGGUCUCACUGACUUAACUACUGGGUCAAGUAUUAGUAAAGUUCGUAUACGUCGAGGACGUAAAUUUAAAGAUGAAGAAAUACAAAAAAAUAUUAAAGAAUCUCAAAUAACAGAUAUCAAUAAGAAUUAUUUACAUCAAAAUGAAAUAUAUGAACAAGUUGAUCCAAACAAUGAUCCUGAUCUUUUACAAUUAGCAAAAGAAAAAGAGGAAUUUUUUGAACGAUUGGGAUGUCGUUUUGGAAGUCCUUUUGAAUUGGCUAACGAAACACAUUUUCGAACAUACAAAGAAGCCCGCAUAUUGACAAGAGGUGAUCGAGAUAUUAUUAUAAAAAGAUUAACUGAAGAAUUUCUUGAUGACCAAUCGUAG